ACACUUCAUCUUCACUCCUGAGAGACUCCUCAUUUCAUCAGCUUCACGAGCAUUCAAACUCACACGAUCACAGCGAGAUUCACCAAGCUGCACUGAAGAUUCCUUCUCCAGCCGAAGUCGAAACCCCUUCACACUCUUGGAAGUCCAUCUUCUCAACUCAUUGCAUUGUGUGGUCCCUCAAACGAGUACUCGCUUCGUCUCAUUGUUGCUCCCUCAAGUCCGACAAGUUGCAAGUCGAAUCACCUCGACUCUCGAUCGAACUUCGAACCACCAGGACCUCACUUGUAUUUCUCAAGUCACCACAAAAAAUCAGGAAAAAUGGCAUCACAAAGAGCUCAGAGCCAGCUGAACAGACAUAUUGUGAUUGAUAUUGCUGGGACAACACCUGCCAAUAUUCAAGCACCGCCAACUUUGCUCAAUCAACCAGCUCGCCCAGCUUUUCCUGCAUACAGACUCGGAUACAAUGCGGGCGCCAAUGUCACAAGAGUCGCUCAGAUAAUUCCUCCACCUCCAGCCAACAGACAAGGCUUAGCUCACCCAUACAACAUGCUUGCAGAAGACAAUCUUCAUCCCGCACUCUUCCAGAUCGAGGCAUUCCCAAACAACCUUGCACAGGUUCCGGUACCUCUUCUUGUGAACCAACAGACAGGCCAGGUCGAGACAAACUCCACUGGCAGAGAGAUCCGAUACUUCUGGCAUAUGCCACGCUGGGUUGCCCUCGAUGUCUCAGGCAUGCUGAUGGAACUGUGGUUGCGCCUGGACCCACGCGUCGAGAUGAGAGACAUUCUCGACCGAAUCAACACCGGCAACAGAGCGAUGCCAGGCCCAAAUGUCUUCAACAUGCGCCGCAAUCGCUUUCGCUUGUCAAUCAAUGUCCCAUCGCAAAACACAGGCCGCCAGAUGCCAUCGGCCACCGAGGUCGAGAUGCUAGGGUUGUUGACAAGAGAACAAAUCCUGCUGAACACCAGUAUGCUCGUGGACCUCCCACACAAUCGUCUCCUGCAACCCGUCCUGGCCAACGACCGAAGAACCCUGGGCUACGUCGACGCGCGCCUGCCAAUAGACCACUUCCUCGUCGCCUUUCCAAUGCCGAUCCCAAUCCCAACCAACCGCCAGCUCGUCACGUUGCAGUUGCGGCACCGCAUGCAAACACUGGCAAUGCUGAGGGGUCUUGGACACGGGGCGAACGCCUACACAACGCUGCCGAUCAACUUGCAGCCAGCCUGGUGGAACGAACGGCGCCAGGGCGGCAAUGUGCAAGUUGGCCGCAUCGUCGACAUCGACGACCGUACUCACGAGGAGUUCGUCCAGGGCUUGUUAACGCAGUACCCUGCUCGCGUUCAGCAGACUGCCAGGCGCACUGGCCAGCAGCGGCGACAGCAGCGACCGCAACAACAACAGCAACAACAACCUGCUCCGGCCGUGCAGCCGGCAGUCAACAACGUGGUAGCGCCAGCGCCGGCGCCAAUGCCGAUCGACCCGCGCCUGCUUGUUGCCAAUCCAGUGCCUGUCGUUGGGGUGACCAGUGAGAUUCGGACGCCAGAUGGCGCAAUCCACGCUUAUGUCGAGGACGUGCAUCAGGCGAUCUAUCGCUGAAGUUUGCGCUGUUGCCUCCGGUCGUUGCAUCGAUGGUGCCCGUGGCAGUGGCAGCGGCAGCGGCAGCGGCAACGGCGGUAGGGCGGCGGCGGCGGUGGUGGUGGUGGUUGUGGUGGUGGAGGAGGAGGUGGAGGAGAAGAGAUGCUGUGGUCGCUUUCACGUUGGGAC